AUGAAUGGUGGCCAAGCGCACCAGCGGUUUGGCAUGCAGAUUCCCAAAUUCCAGUCGCAGAACCAUCAUCCGCACCAUACCCAACAACCUCAUCAUCACACGCAUCACAACCAGGCUUCACACAACAUUAACCAUCAACACCAAUUCUCGAGCGGGGCAUUGGCCUCCGCGACCCCCCACUUUACCCCGAGCCACAUGCAGAAUGGGGCUCACACGAACGUUGACGAGGAUAUUGAUGACUCCAUGAAUGAGCAUUGGCAGCAGCAGCUCCAGCUGGCUGCCGAGUCACGGCAGGCUAAUUCUCCACACUAUCACGCCCGAUCCGUCGCACAGCAAGCCAAAGGAAUUCAGAUCGCGCCUAGCCAACCAGACACACAAGAACAAGGCUCUGAUGGACAGAAUGGAGUAGGAAAAACAAAGGCGGUCUCCCGGCAAGGCUGGCAUGCCUUGGAUUUCGGUGGACAGGGACUCCGCGCGCUCUCGACGUCUCUGUUUAAUUAUGUUUUCCUAGAGAAACUGUACCUGAACCACAACAAGUUGAAAUCUCUCCCUCCGACAAUUGGACACCUUCGGAAAUUGAGCCACCUGGAUCUGUCCGGGAACGACCUCACCGAACUCCCAGACGAGAUCGGCAUGCUCACAAACCUAAGGAAGCUAUAUCUUUUCGACAACAACAUUCGUACUCUCCCUUAUGAAAUGGGCUAUCUUUAUCGACUGGAUACACUCGGUAUUGAAGGCAACCCGUUGAACGAUGUCCUGAAGUCUCACAUCAUGAAAGAGGGUACCAAGGCCCUAAUCAAAUAUCUUAAGGAGGAAAUGCCAGUUCACCUUCCGCCUCCAGAUCGGGAUUGGGUUGUUCUCGAUGAAACUGCAAGCGCCUCUACUGAGAAAAUCACCGUGCUAUCCUACAACACCCUCUGCGAUUCCUCAGCGACACAGUCUCACUAUGGCUACGCUCCAGCUCGGGUCCUGUCAUGGGAAUUCAGAAGAGAGCUUAUCCUCAGUGAGCUACGGUCUCAUGGCUCGGAUAUCGUCUGUCUCCAGGAAAUCGAUCAAGGAAGCUAUAAUGAAUAUUUCCGGGAACAGUUGGCUUACAACGAUUACAAGGGUGUUUAUUGGCCUCGAGGAAGGGCUAUGGGAAUGCAGGAGGAGGAUGCUAAAGGCGUGGAUGGAUGUGCUACGUUCUUCAAGGGCAGCAAGUUCAUCCUCCUGGACAAGCAGUUGAUCAACUUUGGCCAGACAGCCGUACGGCGACCGGAUGCAAAGGGCCAGGAUGACAUCUACAACCGACUUUGGCAGAAAGAUCAUAUUGCGGUUGUCGUCUUCCUCGAGAAUAGGCAAACUGGCUCGCGUUUCAUCGUUGUCAAUGCCCAUCUCUACUGGGAUCCGGCGUUCAAGGACGUGAAAUUGAUCCAGACAGCUAUCCUGAUGGAAGAAAUCACGAAGCUUUCAGAGACUUACGCUAAAUGGCCUGCUUGCACCGACAAGGCCGCCUUCCGAUUCUCAAAGGAAGAGGGCCAGACGGAAGCGCCACCCCCCGAGGAGCCGGCGCCGUCUGUGCAGUAUUCCAGUGGCGACCAGAUCCCACUCCUUAUGUGCGGAGAUUUGAAUUCCUCACCAGGCUCGGCAGCAUACAACCUCAUCGCUCAUGGACGGCUUGACGAGGAGCACCCGGAUCUGGAGAAGCGACUCUAUGGCAAUCUCAGCAAGGUGGGUAUGACCCAUCCUUUCAAGCUGAAGUCCGCAUACGGUUCUAUUGGCGAACUGCCGUUCACCAACUACACGCCAGAUUUCAAGGACAUCCUUGACUACAUCUGGUAUUCUUCAAAUUCACUUCACGUUUCGGCGUUACUCGGAGAGGUAGACAAGGAUUACUUGCAGAAGGUGCCCGGGUUCCCGAACUAUCAUUUUCCAAGUGAUCAUAUCGCAUUGUUCGCGGAGUUUACAGUUAAAGGGAAAAAGGGUAAGGUUGUGGAGGCGGACUUUGGGCCGCAACGGAAUUGA